CCUUUAAAGGUGUAAACCUUUACAAAAGUAAUCGCUCCAGAGAUUUCUGGAAGUGGCUAAAAGGAUGUUCUAACACGUCAGUUAGACUAGACAAUGUAUGUCUUCAAGACGAAGAAGGCAUAGCUCAUAAUGAGCAAGAAAAGAAGCUAGAAAUAGCUAACAAAUUUUAUGCUAAAUUAGCAACACCAAGUGUAGUCAAUGAUAAUGUCUACAAUAAAAUUCCAGUAAUGGAACCUCCUGAUGACGUUACUAUGGAGGAAUUACAAGAUGCCACAAGAAGAUGUGGUAAUAACAAAGCAGCCGGUCCGGAUGAAAUUCCGACUGAGCUAUACAAGAUACUGCUAAAGCCUAGCUUAGUAGACAAAGAGCUGCCCUCAUUUCUAGUAGAUGAGGUCAAUAAAAUAAUAGCAGGUGCCAGUCCACCUGCAUAUUGGAGUGCUGCUGACAUGGUAUGCCUCCACAAAAAAGGAGAUAUAUCAAAUCUCAACAACUAUAGAGGUAUUGCACUGAUUAACACAAUCAGUAAGAUAUACCUCAAAAUAAUCAAUGACAGACUAACACAGUUUGUCGAAAAUAAGAAUAUACUCUCUCCCUAUCAGGCUGGGUUUAGAUCAGGAGAGGAGUGUAUGAACCAAGUGGCAACCUUACUAGAGGUUGUCAAAAGAAGAGAGUUUCGAGGUCUUAAGACAUUUAUGUGUUUUAUUGACUUUGAAAAAGCUUAUGAUAAUGUUAGCCAUGAGCUAUUAUUUAACAAGCUACAAAAGUAUAGUAUCCCAGGAUAUCUUAUCAAUACAUUGAAAGAUAUCUAUAGGAAUACUAAUAUGAGAAUCCGUAUUAACGGAGAUACAAGCAGUGGCUAUAGCUACAGAAAAGGAGUGAGACAAGGCUGUCCUUGCUCUCCAAUGUUAUUCAAUCUGUUUAUAAAUGACAUUUUUGAUGACGCCAACAAGGUGAUCGUUCCAAGAUCAACAAUAAUGAUCCCAGGCUUAAUGUUUGCAGAUGACAUUGUAGUCUUUGGGGAAACAAAAGAAGAUUUGGAUUGUAAAGUCAAACAAAUCAGUAAAUGGGCAGUUGAUAAUCAAAUGAGAAUCAACUGCAACAAAUGCGGUAUUCUAGUAUGGGAUACCAAUACAAGCUAUGAGUCAGAAAAUAUCUCCAUAGAUACUGACUUUGGAAGGAUCUGUGAAGUCACAGAAUACAGGUAUUUAGGUGUUUUGAUAAAAAGAAACACCAUAGAAGAUCAUCUUGUGAAAGAUGGUGCCUUUAGAGGCAAAACGGCGCUAGAAGCCUUGAAACCAAAGCUUCUUAACAAAGGUAUUUGUAUUCCUUUUAAGGCAAUACUAAUUAAAUGUGUACUAGUUCCUGCUCUCAUGUAUGGAAGUGAGCUGUGGGGAAUGUCUAGUACAAGAUCAGGUAGAAUCAAUAAGAUUCUCAAAAAAGCUAUCAGGAUGAUAUUCUGGUCUAAAAGAAUUCCUUUAGAUAGGAUAUUAGAUGAAUUUGAUAUUAAUCGAAUUCACAUACAAGCAGCCUUAAGUAGGUUUAGGGCACUAAGGAAGUGGAAACACAAUAAAACAAUGAUCGCAGAUCUUGUUGAGCAGGUUCCACGAGAAAGGAAAACCACGUGGAGUUCAAGGACUAGACGAUGGUGUAAAAGGUAUGUCGGUCACGACUACGAAAGUGUUGACUACAAUGUAGGCAAAAACAAAAUUAAAGAAGUGCUCAAAGGUAGAAGAUCUUUUAAUACUACUUUAGCAGCUUCGAUAGCAGUCCAGUAUGGUAUAUAUGAGUCACAACUCAAAUUCAUACUAACAAAAGUUAACAACAGACAGAUAAGGAACUACACUAAAAUAAGGUGUAAUCUAAUAAGAUGGUCUCCUGCUUUAGCUAAUGCACGCAGGAUCCCUCAAUACUACAGAGAACAUUGUCUUCUCUGCGAGGGAGAGCAAGAAAACCUUGAACACUUCUUGCUAGACUGUCCAGUCUUAUCUGAGAAAAGAUCUCUUUAUGAGAAUAAAAUUCCAGAGUUGACAUCAACUCUACCAAAAGAGGAUAAAGUCAAGAUGAUUCUUGGAAACAUCCAGAACAUUAAGACUUGUCCAAUUAUGAGAAAAGCUCUCUUAAUAAGAGUAGAAUUUCUCGAUAAAAUGACAGUGCUAAGAUACAUCAUAGUACAACAUAAGAUAAGGCUUCAUGCCUCCUCAGAUUAA